GGGGGGACAGCCCCCACCUCCACAUUUUUCUCGUAAAAUAUUCCACCACACCCCCUUCCCCUGCAGAUUUUAUUUCUUUAAUAUAAUCAUUUUUCAUUUCUUUAUUCAUUCCCAUGGGAGCUCCUCCUUCCUCCUCCUCCUCCUCCUGCUGCUGAUGUUGUUCUCUUCCCCAUUGUUUGCUUGCCCUGUAAUUCAAAGAUCCGCCUUCCGGUGAAAGUCGGAAGAUUUGGGAUAGGUGUAAGAAACGAGGGAAAAAAAAUGAAAGCGAUAUCCGGUCGGAUCUUUGCUCUGUUGUGUCUCAGAUCUUGUUGGGUCUUUGUCUAAUUAAAACUAUUUCCCAUACAUAUACCCUUCUCCCUCCUCACUCGUCAUCCUAUGCUAUAGCCAAGUUGAGCUUCAGCCUUCCUCCUCCUCCCUCUCUCGAGUUCUGAUCUUUCUGGGAUCUCAGUUCAUUGCGUUUCUUGAAAUGGGCAUGGCGGCGGCGGAGUCUCAGUUCCAUGUCUUGGCCGUGGACGACAGCCUCAUUGACAGGAAGCUCAUCGAGAAGCUCCUCAAGACCUCCUCCUAUCAAGUCACGACAGUCGAUUCCGGCAGCAAAGCCCUGGAAUUCCUAGGAUUCCGCGAGGAAGAAGAACAGAGCAGCAGCUCGGAUUCCCCUUCUGUCUCCUCCAACAACCACCAGAUUUGUCCUUCUGGGGUCCUGAAUUUCCCAUGGAAUCAUCAGGAAGUCGAGGUGAACCUGAUCAUCACAGACUACUGUAUGCCCGGAAUGACCGGCUACGAUUUGCUGAAGAAAAUCAAGGAAUCUUCGUCUCUGAGGAACAUACCGGUGGUUAUCAUGUCGUCGGAAAACGUGCCUUCGAGAAUCAGCAGAUGUUUGGAAGAAGGGGCAGAAGAGUUCUUCUUGAAGCCGGUGCAGCUGUCUGAUCUGCAUAGGCUUAGACACCAUAUGAUGAGGACCAAGAAACAGGAGAAACAGGAGAACCAAGAAGAAGAGGGAGAAUCAGAGAACAAAGCCGAGGUCCAACCGCAAAGUUCUCACCAGGCACAGCAGCAAAGUAACAACAGUAGCAGCAGCAGCAGCAGCAGCAAUAAGAGGAAAGCCAUGGAUGAAGGGCUUUCACCUGACAGAACAAGACCCAGAUACAGUAAUGGAGUCACCACCGCAGUCUGAGGCCCGAUGAUGAUUAAUCUUUUGAUUAGAUUAUUCUUUGCCCUUUAUAGGAAAAAGAAAUUGUGAUUUUGCUUCAACUUCUGUUUUUUUCUUUUUUCUCCUUUUUUCCUCUCUUUCUUCCAUAAGGCCUCGAUGAUCGCCGCCAGUUUAUGUAGAAAUUGGAAAAUUAAUUAGAUCCCCGAUGAGGGGUGUAUGAUCCUACUGAAAAGAAUAGCUUUUCCAUUCCAAUUUUGGAUUUUGCUGAAUUUAGUCGAUCAGGAUCAGUAUGAAAAGGGGAAGAAGGAGUUCAAUGUAUAGAUGUCCUUCAUCAAUGUAAGGAUGUUUUUACCGUCGAAUUAAAUCAAGUUGUAAUCGUGUUGAGAUAUUAA